CUUGAAUAAAGCGCAGAGGCGAAAGCGGUUCGUGUGGUUUGCGCACAGGAUCUUAGAGCGGAGAACAUGUGAGAGGGGAAUGGGAAACUGGAAACUGGAUUACACUUUACAGAAAGACGCAGAGGGAGUUACGUCCAGGAUUUUGACAAGGCGCAGCGGCUCCGUUGAGUAGGACAUCCCCGCGGCGGGCAGGGCGCUUUCAGCGGACACAGGGGGGAAAGAAGGACUAAUAUACCAAAGAUGAACACAAUUGUGUUUAAUAAGUUAAGCAGCCAGGUUUUAUUCGAAGAGAAGGCGAAUGAGGUGGAGAGGAGCAGUCGAAAUUAUUUAGAGGUGAUAGACGGACAGCAUCCGGACCUGCUCGCCAGCAGCCCAGUCAUCAAAGACAGCUCAGCUAUCCGGCACAGGAGAUCCGGGUCUCGUCAGAACCCAGGAAAGGUACGGCACAAACGGCAAGCUCUGCAAGACAUGGCCAGGCCGUUGAAACAGUGGCUCUACAAACACCGGGACAAUCCGUACCCCACUAAAACAGAGAAAAUCCUUCUUGCGCUUGGCUCGCAAAUGACACUUGUGCAGGUGUCUAACUGGUUUGCCAAUGCUCGACGGCGGCUGAAGAAUACAGUAAGGCAGCCUGAUUUGAGUUGGGCUCUUAGGAUCAAACUCUACAACAAAUAUGUCCAGGGCAACGCGGAAAGACUGAGCGUCAGCAGCGAUGACUCCUGCUCUGACGAUGGAGACCCAGCAGCACGGGCCCAGGUCGGGGAGUUCAGCAAGCCAAUGUACCAGAGCGUCAUCAAGAAGGAAGGUGGCGGUGUGGGUGCGGGCCUUCGAGCCGCUGCAGACGCCUCGUUGUCAGAUGACUACGUGUCGCCACCUAAAUACAAGAGCAGCCUGCUGCACCGCUACCUUAACGACUCGCUCCGCCACGUAAUGGUGGCCAACGGCGUAAUGGACGCACGGAGGAGGAACCACUCAGGCUCUUUCAGCUCUAAUGAGUAUGAUGAAGACCUGCUGUCACCGUCUUCUUCUGAAGCAGAAGCCAACUUUAUCUACAGAACUGAGAAUUUGGAGCAUGGAUCAAAUAAAUCUGACAGAAGCAUGCAGAAGGAGAAGGGACAGAGGAAAGACGAGACAUACUGGAGGGAGAUAAACGCGGCCAUGGCCCUCACUAACCUGGCUCAACCCAAGGACGGGGCCACCGCCGCCACCACCAGCUGCAUCAUCCAGAAAUCCUCACACAUAGCUGAAAUCAAGACUGUUAAAGUGCCUAUCCUGCACAAAUACUAACACGCAGAAGAUCCCGCUCUUCUACUUACGGAAUUCAGUUGUUUUGAAUAUUGUUUAUAACUUUGUGGUACUGAUAAAGAAUGAAUUUUUUGGUUCGUUUGUUUUUAUUGUUAUUUCGCGUACGAUGAAGUGCCCUGAAAUGCAGCACUUGUUCAGUUCACCGAUUUGUGCAUUUCCUUUGGGUCGCAUAAGCUUUUUUGAUAAGUGUUGAUGAAUUGUCAGUAACGACAGUAUUUCUGAACGAGACACUUUUGCAAUGUUAACUUAUUUUGAUAUUAAUCAGAAAUUUGUAUUGUAUCGCACCAAAGUGCCUUCAUGCAUCUCAAAGGAGAGAUUAGUGAGAAUGUACAGUUCAUGUCCUCUCUGAAAGAAAUAAAACGGUUGAAACGACAGGAGGAGUGUGUAGCGCACUCUUCUCGCGGCCUACGGGAGAUAAUGACCUUAAAAUGAAAUCGGCGCAAGUCACGAAGACACUCAUGUUUUGUCUCAAAAUCUCAUGUGACUUUGACUGCGACAUUGUUUUGUCUCUAAAAUGGAAAACUUCAACCGUCACCUGCCAACAAUAGCCGUGAGUCGAGAGAUAAGUUCAGUCAGCCAACAUCAAAUUCCAGGCCUUCCUUCCCAGCUAACAAGCAACGUCCUCCAAAGUUUGGCAACAAAUGUUCUUAAGGUAACGUUAAAAGGACACUAGUUCAUUCAUGUGGUCUUUAAUAACAUUAUCACAAAAACUAUUUAUACAUCAUUCAUGGAAUAUUUCAUUUCUGAAAAAAAAUCAGCUGGUUUAUUCACUACUUAACUGAAAACGUUCAGAAAACAUUUCUGAAAACGUUUGUAAAAUUCCAGCGUUCCCUUAACAAUUGCAUAACAAGAAGUGACUUAAAAAUGUAUAUAAAAUGUUUUCAAUGUUCAGCGAACAAUCAAAAUAAUGCAAUGAAAUGUUCUUAGAACAUGUUUUUGUUAGCUGGGUUAGUCUCUGCUUCCUCUCACACACUCUCAGUGAUGCACAUUUCUCAGACAAACAAUGAGAAAGAGAGAGACAGGCUUCAAGGUUUGGUCUGUAUCUGUUUGAGACGAGGACUGUGACCCAAAGGGAUAUUUAUGAAUCCAUUAUCAGCGCUAAACCGAAUGUGUUGCCUUCUCACGUUUCUACUCUGAACAAGGUACUUCAGUGGAAGCUAAAUGAUUUGGCCAGUCAUGUUUUACCCCCUUUUUCUCUCAGAUGGUUAGAAUUACUCUCAAAUUGCUGUUUACAAGAAGUACGAGAGAUACUUCCAUUUAAAAAAAACACAGACCAUAGCAGUAUUACCACAUCUCUGUUCAGUGAACGUCCAAACUUUUGUUUGUCCUGCGGUUUUAUCUUUUAGUGUUUUUGCCUUUUUGGUUCAACCAAGCUGUGUUAGUCUUGUAUUGACUGAAUGGAAAGAAAUUAUGUUCAAUGCAAAUGUUAUUUACAUUAAAGUUAUGGACGCCAAGUAUAUAAUUUAGAGAAUUAAAAGCCACUUUUGAAGUGAGCGAGGUAACACUAUCUUAUGUUGUAUCUUUUUUGUUGCGGUGAGAAGGCCAAAGAGACUUGUUCAAAAAGUUGCAUGCACUUAUCUGACACCCUCCUGCCUUUUUUCCAGUAUUAAAAAUAAUACUCACAAACACCCACUGAGACUAUAAUUCAUAAGCACUAUGUCCCUGUUUUCCUGCUCAGCAGAGUAGUGUAGCACAUUUUUAGAAAUUUUCCUUAAAAAACUGGGAAAACGUAUGAUCUGAUCUGCUUUUGAUAUCUAAUUUUCCUUUCUUUUUCUUUUUUUUUUCCAAUCACGUGUGAAUCUCUUUUCGCCAUUCCAGAGAACAAAGAGAAGAGAAAGCAUCGCUCUUUUUUGAGUUUGACUAAUUCCGUUUAUUUAAUUUUUUGUAUUCCCUUGCACACCCUGCUCUAAAGGAACCUGACAGACAAACAGCGAUUUUGUGCACACUUUAGAACAUUUCAAAUGAUUAAAGACUGUAAAAACAAACCUGUAAUAAUAGUCUGAUUUUUUUAUUGUUAAGUUAUAUACUUUUUUUAUUUUAGAGACUGGAUGUUUAUCCAAUGAAGGAAUGCAUAAUAUCUCAUUUAUUCUCUGAUUUUCUUUUAAUGUUCAGUUUUACGCCAGGAACCUUGUUUACUUCAACCGAACAUUAAAUAAAAAUGUUUUUUUGAUGAUAAGAUGUUGCUUGCCGUUUCGUCAUUAGCAUUUGCUUUCUGCACAAUCCUCUGAAAUCCUGCUUUAUAUAAAACCUCAUAUAAUUGGUAACAUUUACACAUAGGGUAUCCAUUUGAAUUUUAACUUGUUAAGUUGAAUACAUUCCUAACCGAAAUGUUCUGAGUCGAAUGCUUCACACUGCAUUGAGACACACAAAUAAAAUUUCACUAAUUUGUCUCUGUGGCUUGACCUGAGUUCAGACGACAAGUUUCUCCUUUCUUUUUUAGCCUCUGCAUCUUUUUGAAAGCCGUCUUGUUAACUUCGCCAGAGGCAGAGACCUUGUUUGCCUUCACGCUGGUUUCAGCCCAGUAAAUACAAAAACACCGCACAGCACAAACAGAGCUGGAAGAUGGAAGACGAGAAUGGAAGCCUGUGUGAUCUUGUCUUUCCUUAAGGGUUUAAUCCUGAACAAAUGCUGGGAAUGGACAUAUGCUCUCUGUGCCUUUUACUUCGAGACAUGAAGCUGCGCUCUUCAUUUAGUCGGUUAAAGCCUCAGCUGUAUUAAUCUAAGCCAGCAAAAUGAAGCAUUAAUGUGUAAGUUUUCCACAUUGCAUAGUUAUUCUUGAGCUUCAAACUAAAACAUCUAUUCAUAUACGAAAUGUAUUUAGAAGCUCAAGUCAACGUUGCUUUAGAUACGAAAUGUUGAUUAUUUUGUGGUAUUUAGCUAGAUAUUUUUGUCCUGUAACAUUUACAUGUUUUAAAACAAAGGCAGACACACUUUUUGUGGAAACACACAAUGCCCACACGCUCUAGCUAACCUUGAUGUCAAUGAACAGUCUAAAAGAUAUACAAAAGAACAUCAACACAAGAGAGAGAAUAUCAACAACGAAUAAAAGAUGAAUAAAAACAAACAGAGCCACCAAGAUUUCCUGACUGUUUAGCCUCCGAUCUCUGUCCUGGUUUAUCUCGCUCAUCUACUUUCUUGUUAAUGGUUCUAGCAUGCCGCUUGGCCUGGUUCUAAAUCAUGUGGAAUCCAGGGUUAAACAUGCCAGUCAUGCAGAAUGAGGGUGAGGCAUGAGGAACUAAAAGAGCUUCAGCCUUCGUUAUUAGUAUUUAAUAUAAUGGACGAGAUGGUCUAGAAAGAUGGCUUCAGACCUCCACCAUAAAGUCACAAAUCAAGUCCCCUUGUCUCUCUUUAGCUCUUUCUGUCCUACUAUUGUCUCUCCUCCGUUCCUCGGUUUCUCUCUAAGCAGGCUGGCAAAGACCAGCGCUCUGAGCAGAACUUUCCAUCGAGGCCGUUUGCUGAAAUGUUUGAGCAGGUUUGUGGAUCUCACCCAUUAUCUAGCUGAACAGGUUGGGAUGCUGGGCCGGCCAGCUGUGUGACACACUCCAGACGUCUCUCCACCCUUCUCAUCAGACACGGGGUCCAAGUUGCUGUCAAACACCACACACACACACACACACACACACACACACACAACCUGAAUACAAAGAAAUUCCAAAAAUCAUCUGAACAGGGAAAAAGUGCUUCAGUCAGAUGAAGAAAUUUGACCCGUGUCCCAUAUUGGAAUAAUUAGUUACUUUGCCUCAGUGGUCUGUUGGUUCAUUAAUUAUCAAUUGCCUGUAUGGAGACAUACACGAGAUACAGAGUCCAGAGCCUCAGCACUGAUUAGCCACUGGGUCAGAUACUAUUCCAGUACUAUACUGAUUAUAAAUCUACAUUUAUUACAUAUUUUGUCCAAUACACACACAUACAUUAUUCAUCCUGGCUGGAGGUGGCUGGAGAAUUUUAUUUAAUCUAUAAAUAUUUAAUAUAUAAUAUAUUGGAAUUAAAUAUAAUUAAAUGUACUGUUCUAAAAUAUUAUAAUAUGAUAAAGCCAUAUAUUUAACCUGUUAUUUCACAAUACAAAACUCCUACUUUUUUCUCCUUCUUUCCUUUGUUAUGUAGGCACAAAUAUGCACUACUUGUGUUAAGGUAACAAAUUCAAAGGAUAAAAUGUAUUAUGGUUUUCACAAAUAUAUUAAACAGCAAAACUGUUUUCAUGAUUAGUAAUAGUAAGAAACGUUUCUUGAAUACCAAAUCAACAUAUCUGAUUAUUUCUAAAGGAUCAUGUGAUACUGAAGACUGGUUUUACUGUUUUUAUUGUGUUCUGAUUAUGCAUAAGAAAUGUGCUUUAAAAAAAAAAAAAACCAGACAUUAGGAAUUAAUAGGAUUUCCAAAAACAGGACUAUUUUUCAAAGCCAUGGGAUACAUUUUUCCUUAACCAGAGUUUGAUUGACCAUAGAAAUGUAAUAUAUUCAAUGAUUUUUCUUUAAUGCCUUUUAUGCUGCCACAAAACUACAAUAGUCUGAGUCACAGAUAAUAAGUGUGAUCCAUUGCAUUAUGUUUCCUAAUGGAUUAUUUCCUUUAGAUCUUUUUUGUUUUCAUUUAAGAGCGGAAGGUGGUAGUUGGCAUUGUUUUCCUGUAGCUCUUAUUAUUCCUCCAGAUUCACAGAUGUUUCAAGGAAUCUCGCUCCUUCCUUUAUUCUGGCUAAGACUUCACCCUUCAGAGCGGCACGGAUGCAGCCGUGUUUCUGUAGCCGUACUUCAGCGCGCUAACUUGAGGUGCUCAAAACAUUUCCUGUCUUUAAUUCAUACUGUGAACCUCCAAGUAACCACAAGAAAUGUUAAGAGAGAAAAUAAGUGGUUUCAAAGGCGUGUUAUUAAAAUACAAAUGCACAAUAUGCUGCUUUGUGUAGCGCUCUGUGAAGACAUAUAACAGAAAUGUUUUACGGAAAAGGGAUUAAUCAGAGACGCUGCUGGAAUUUCCACUGAAUGUGUUGUGGCCCAAAAAAGGAAAAGUAUGAUUUUAAAUCUAAGGCUACAUCAUGAGAACAGAUUUUGUUAAACCAAUAGCAGUCAUGAUAGCAAUAAUAGCAGUAACAUUAAUAAGAAUAGUCACAUUUUAAGGUCCAAUUCUCACUAUUAACCUCGCUAUUAUGACCUUUGAGUAAGUACUAAUAAACCUAAAUCUAGUUUAAGAUCUUUUAAAUAUAUAGGUAUUGUUUGAUUUAUGUAUAAAUUCAUUCAUUCACUCUAUCCUGGGGGAUAUAGAUGAGUGAGAUGGCCCUAUUUCUGAGAAAAAUAAAAUAAAUAAUACUAAAAAAAAAAAAAAACACUAACCCUUGAAAAUGUGACCUCAGGUCAAUACAUUAAAGGAUAUUUUUCAUAUAUUAUGCAUGUCAGAGAUACAAACUGUGAAAUAGAAAAAAAAGCAAUAUUUUAAAAACUUUAAAUUGUAUAUUUGAGUGCAAUGGUUGGAAAAUAACAAAAAUAAAAAACCAGCAACACUGAGGAAUUUUAAGGGUUUUUUUAUAAAUUAAAAAUAGCACCAUAAUAACUAAUAAGAAUAAUAAUAAUGUUAGCGGCAUAAAUUGUUAAAGGGACAUUCUGACUGUCAGUGAAGGGCUACUUAAACCUUGGGAAGUUUGGGAAACACUAUUUUAUAAUAUUAGAUAACUACUUUAAUUUUGACUUAAUAAUGUAAGUCCUCCAGAGUUUAUAUUCUCUUCCUCUGUUCUGUCUAAACUUCUCCUUUCUUAAAUCAAGUAUAUCCGCUGCUAUACCCCUGUGUUUUGUUUAGAAUAACUGACUUUCAUGUCUGAAGCGGAUCAGUCCUCGCCAGGUCAGAAGUGCCAUGCCACGAGUAGUUAUGACAGCAGAAAUAUAUUACAAAUCAGGAGCCCGAACCACACAGCACAUAAUGACAAGAUCAAACAUAAAAGACACGGAGAGGAGGGGGUGAAACCUCAGGGCCCAUGUUUCUCUGUCUAAUAUUUCUAAACCGAAAGUUAAAUAAAUUCCUGAGUACAGUGAAGUGGAACCGCGUCAGUAGAGCAGAUGGAAGGGAUGGCAGCUGCAGCUGGAAUGCGGUUUGGCUGAGAGGGACAGCGAGAGAAAGAAAGCAACGUCCUCACGCGCUUCAGCCGUUCAUAUUCUCCGAUACACUGUUGAUGAAGUGUUCUUCAUUUGUGUGUGUGUGUGUGUGUGUGUGUGUGUGUGUGUGUGUGUGGCAUGGAGUCAAAAGAAAGCACUUAAAAAAUCUAAAGGUAACAGCGACGACUCCACUUUGGAUAAACCUACUGUUGUCAAUAAACAAACCGUCUAGACUCCAACUCAAAAUAUUGGUCUCUGGGUACGUUUUGUGAUGUAUUCUAGACUAUACAAUGAUAAAUACACAGAAAUCAUAUUAGAUGCCUAUGUCCGCUUGCCAAAUGUUUUCAGGCAGACAAUAUUUACAACUAAACUGACAGUAACACAUAUUAGUGCAUCAUAUCACGAUGAAAAAUUACAGACAAAAGUUUCCAUCCGCCUAGAGUCACAGUGUUUUAAAUGUGACCCCUGAAUGGAGCUUAUGAUUUACAAAUUACCAUCUGUAACACAAAACCUCAACUCACUUUGCUCUCAGUGUCUCCCUUUCUCUUUCCUGGGCUGCUGUUAGUUCAACUAUCUCUGUGUCUGUAAUAUAUCAGUCGUGAACGCUUCGCUCUCAGUUCCUCUCACACCUAAUCUGAAUCUUAACCAUAGCAGGGCGAAAUAGAUUUUAUACUGUUCACUGAACGUGCUGAUAUAACAUUUUCAGUGUAUUACGUCAAAAUUCUACAGUAACUCUAUCUGCAGUAGGUGUAAUUCAGUCACUGAAUCAUUAAUUCAACUGAUUCCUUCAAAACACUUUCUGCAAUGAAACAAGUUAUUACCUUUGAGUGAGUCACUGAAUCAUUCAGAAAUGCAGAAUUGUUUAGGAAAGAAUCUAUAUACAGUAGUAGGCAAAAGACAAGAGAUGACUAUCUUAUGAGAUAUUACUAUCUUAUGAGUACGGUGGCUGAUUAGACUUACAAAUUAGAUUUUCAUUGGUUUGACAACAAAUGCUGCAAAUACUCAAAAUACAGAAAUACGCUACAAAUACUAGCAAAAGAACCCAAUACAGAAAUACACACUGCACACUACAAUACACACGCUGCAGAUACACACAAUGCAACCAAAUACAGAAAAGCAUUGCAAGUAGCAAAAACAGAAACGUUUCAAAGGGAACCCCAACAAAUGCCCAAAAAUAUGAAAAUUAACCAUGGUUUUAUUACAGUAAAAGCGUGACCAUGGUUUUUUUUUUUUUUUUUUUUGCUGGAUUGAUCGCCAUUUGCAUAAUCACAGUUGCACAGGUACUACAGUGUAGCAAAACAAUGUUCUGUGUAACUGUAUUUCAUCAUCUUAUUUAGACUAAUAUUAAUAUAUUGCAGCAAGUGUUGCCAAACUGAUGAAGAUGUGAACUUUGUGAACUUUUCAAGAGUCACAAAGUUAUUGCUUUUUCAGAUGUAGUACCUUUUUGAAUGCAACUUAUGAGUCAUUGAGUCAUUCGCUCAAAUAAUUAGUUCAAAACUAAAUGUAUGAGUAUAAGCAAGUAUAAACGUAUAAGUUACUCGGUUUUAAUUUAUUGUGUUUUGUAUAAAAGCAAUACACUUGCAAUCAUGCUGCUGGUCUGAAUAUCAGCAUAUGGCUGUGAUUACCUGCGGCCUUAUGCCUAUGGCCAAAUGACAGGUUUAAUAAUUGUUGCACUCUCACUCACACAGUCUCUCUCUUACACUUAAUGUGACAUAUUUUCUCUUAGGGAAUCCACAAUUACACAUGUAAACUUGGCAGGCAAUGUGGCAUCACUUUGCCAGUGGGUAUUUUGGGGCAGCACUCAUACACGAGUGCUAUGAUGGCUUCAUAAAUCCAAAUCCUGACGGGCACUUUCCACAGGCAGGCCCCUGGCCCUUCAUACAUUGAUUUGCUCCCUAACUCACUCAUUUUUAAACAUGUCUUUAUGUGUUUGUAUUUUUGAUAUGACCCUGAUGUCUGGAUUUAAACUCCACGGCGGGAGACUUGUGGUGAGCAGGAGUCACUUUACAACACAUUAAGAGAGCUCAGCGCUCUUUAAGUGAGGAUGAAACAAAUCCGAAGACCAGAACUAGAACUUGAUAGAGGCCUUAUCUCUAAAUAAGACUUCUGACAGCAAAACAAUUUUUUCAAUUACACAGUCAGUCAUCAAACAAAAGAGGUUAGUUCUCCAAGGAAAAAAAAAGUUGGGCCAGACUGCAACUUUUCCGCUUCUAUCUUUGUUUUGCUCGUGGAAAAUGAUUGAUUGGCCAACAUAAUUGAAUCAACAUUGAAUCUUUGUGCACAUGCACAUCACAUUACAAAUAGGGCUCUUGCUCUCUGUCAUCUAUCCAAAGCAAUAAAAAGACAAUAAAACAGAGAGAUGUGCCUGGGAAUCACUCUAUGAUGGUAAUAUAUGUUUCUCUAGAUCCUCUGACGUCCAGUGUAGUUCACUCAAACACUCCACUUUCCAGUCAAACAAUUGCUAACCAUCAAAGGUCCUAUGAGGUCUUCACCAUAACAGAUGGCUUAAUCCAGGCCUGAAGAUUAGACAAACUACUGGACUUAUAAAAACUGACAGCAUAACGUGAGUUUUUCCUUUUUGGAAUGAAACAGCCAUCGUUCAGAAGCUCUUUUACUGAUAUUCUGGAGGCUUUGCUUUUGACAUUUGGGAUUGUAGAAUCUCAAAGGUGCAGACUUUUAAUUCAAGUACAGGGCUGAUAUUAAACCGGGUAAAUGAAAUUAAGUCAGCUUCAGUGGAAAAGAUAAUUAUUACCAUUAGAUUAUGAAAUAAUUAGUCAUUUAAUUUGACCACCAUAUAUUAAUUCUUAUAAACAAUCCUAUAUACAUAUAUGACCCUGUUCCAACUAGCAUGGUUGUAUUUGUAGCCAAAACUACAUCGCAUAGGUUAAAAUUUAAAUUUUAUGGUAAAAAUCAUAAGGACAUUAAGUUAAGAUCAUGUUCCAUGAAGGUAUUUAGUACAUUUCCUACUGUAAAUAUACCGAAUUUUUGGAUAGUAAUAUGCAUUGAAAAUAUUGUUAUUCAAAAUUAAAAUAACCGAAAUCUAAACUAAAAUGCUAAAAGGCGUAAAACUAAGGUGUUAAAAUACAAUACAAUUUCUAUAAUCAUAAAAUGUAUUGUGCAUGGCUAAUUAAUUUCACAUAUCAAGUUUUCAAACUUUUUGUCAUAAUUACAGCAGAAAUAUCUUAAUUUUGAGUACUGAAUGUUUGUGUGUGUCUGUGUGUGUGUGUGUGUAUAUAUAUAUAUAUAUAUACACUUAUAGUACAUACAGUAAUAAGACUACACAUGUAAUAAUGUAGUCAGAGACUUUCUGCUUACAACAGACACUUGAAACGUUAUUAUCAGGUGUAGAAAGGGCUGUUGAGCAACUUGGAGGGAGCUGAAUGAGGGAUAUGAUGGCCUACCUGGUCUGUUACGUGCUGUAGACUUAUAAUAAUGCUGCUGGUGGGGCAGGACACAUGAUCUCACUCUAGUGUAGGCGCUACUGUCUGAAGCUUGAUUGGCCAAAUGUAAACAUUUUAGCGCUAAACCUUGCCAAAGGUGAAAUCAGACUUGAGACCUCCAGCAGUGCAGUCGAAAGCACCUCAAAGCAGGGCUGCUUUUGCACUUUUAAAGCCAGAAGUGUAAGAAAGAAUUACUGGCUCUCACAACACACUCAGAAAAGCAUUAAUCAUUAGAUGGAUUUUUGUACAGUACGGGGUAAAAAAAAAAAAUGAAAAUGAGCCAACAAAUCAUAGUUUGUGCAUUAACAAGUGCCUGAUGCAGUUAAAUCAGACUGGCCUGUUUGGAGCAGUAAGUAAAAGCAGACAGGUUAUCCACAACCUGGGACAGACAAGUAAAACACAGUAGUGAUUUACCGCUACUUUUAAGCACACCAGUAUUACACAAUAUGAUGGCUUCCAUAUUAUAUUCCAACAGAGAUUGGCUAUUGAGAGAUCCAACCAUGAAAUUUCAGGCAAUUUUGCGCAUUCAAGUUACCGGCUUGUCACCAAGAGCACAAGAUCAGACAGUCAAACAGAAAUAAAUACUACAAUUACUUCACAAGUCGAGAUUAUUUACACAAAAUAAAGAAUCUGUUAGCGUGUGUGCCAAUCAUGUGACCAAUAGGACCACCAGACUGUUUUCAUCCUCUUUCCUUUCACGCAGAACACAGAAAAGGGACUGUCUCAGUGAAACAUGCGGUUUUUCCAUGGCACUGCCUCUUCUGCUUGAGGAAAGCUUACACCCUCUGUGUGUUGAUACAAUGUGAUUAGUUUAUUAUAGAAGCCUGUGGCUACAGCGCCCUAUACUGUAGUAGUCAAUCUGGUAGUCUUUAUGUGUGCAUGUAUGUGUGGAGUGAAUGACAGAAUGCUCCAGGAAUCCCACUGAGCACACUCGGGCCAACGGGAUGUCACAAGGGAGCACGCUGAAAGCCACAGAUCUGCAAAAGAUGAAUGAAGCCACUAAUUCAUGCUUUGGCCUCCCAUGUGCCCACUUAGCUUUGUGCUAAAAACUGACUUUGAGAGCAAAGGACUUUUUUUUUUCCUUUCAGUGUAGGGUCUUUUAUUUUCCAUCACCACUAAAUCAAUACUUGAGGGGCAGAAGACGGAUGGUCAUGGUCACGUCAGAAUUCAUGUGGUAGACCUUGCAUUAUGGAAUUUAGACAGCGUUAUUAAUUUCCUUUUUAUUGAUGAGGAAAGCGCUGUCGCACAAAUCCGAUGUCUGAAAAACAAAGGUGAAGAAAGAAAAGACGGCAAAAUUGGGGACGGGAUGUCAGAGCUCUGUCAAAUACAGAGAUUGAAAACGAUGGAUGGAUUGGAGAAAGUGGACAGCCCAACCAAAUCUAAAUCGUGCGCAGCAGAUUUUACAGCCAGAGCAGAGCAGAGAGGUGGAAUUCAGAAGUUUGUUUUAAAGACUGAAGUCAGGGACCUGACAGUGAGGUUCUUUAGAUGGUACAUGCAAGUUUAAAAAGCUCUGUGAAUGUUCUGAGUCAUUUUAUCAUCAUAUCUCUGCUUAAUUCUCUCAACUGUGUGUUAAUGAAAUUUAUCCUAAAAUAUCUGUGGACAGCCACAAUGUAUGAAACAACUUGUCACUGGCACAUUAUCCUCGAAAGGUAAUCCUGUGUGCCAUAUCUAUGCUAAAAAGUGCAUAUAUUAUCCUAUAAAACAGGUCUUGAACUCCCUUUAUUUUUUAUUUUCUAUGCAUGGUUUUCUGAGGUCCAAAACAAAGAUUUUUGAAAGAAAUAUUAGGCUAUUUUGACCUCCCUCGUUGGAAAGCUCUGUUUGAAUAAGCAUGGCAAAUGCAGAAGUAAAUGCCAACUGCUUUGAUUGUCUAACAGUGUUGCAGUCAUUCCAAAAUAUUCGGUACAACAUUGCAGGCUUUGCUCUUCUUCUGUGGAGGUGGUGCUUAUACACUCUGUAAGCUAGUUUCAAUAUACGAUGAUUUUAGACUAAUGAGACAGAAACUUACAUGAUGUUUUUUGUAGUACAGUGACCUCUUUUUCUCAGUUCAUGACCCCUUUCAGGCAGAGGUCUUUGACUUGACAUUAACCAAAUAUUGGAAGGAUCCCUAUGCAAAAAAAGGCAAUAAUAAUUUCUUUGGCAUUUCUGCUGUAAUUAUGAUUGUGUAAAGUAUUGGUUUUAACAGAAACUGAGAGUGAAGUGACAUGCGGUCAAGUAUGGUGACCCAUACUCAGAGUGUGUACUCCGCAUCUAACCCAUACAAGCGCACACACACAUAGUGUAGUGAUCACACACAGUUAAUGCUGUGGUGUCCGAGUGAUAUAAUUAUAGUUUUUUAUAAUAUAAUUAAACAUUUUAAAUCAUCAUAUAGCCUCUUUGGAAUUCUGCUGAAACCCUAAGCUGGUCUUUAUGGUGCAAUUUUAUAUAAAUUCAGGGAAACAGUGUGAAUCUUCAAUUAAAUUUUUUGGGUUUUUUGCCUUCAUCGUAGCUGACAGUAAGCAAAGUGGUAGAGAGAAAGGGGGGACAGUAUUGGAAAAAGGUCUAUGCGCUGGGACUUGAACUCAUGACACUCAAAGAACAAUGGAGCUGAAUGUUGACGCGCUGCCCACAAGGUUACCAGCACCAACUAAAUGACUAUGACAUUUUAUUUGACACUCUAGUUUUACAACCCCUGUCUUAAGGUAGCAAUAUGCAGUGAGGGUAUUGCUCCAGUGACAAUUUUUUUCAGAAUGUGUAGACAUAGAUUUGUAAUGCUGUAUUGUAAUAAAAUGUUUCUAAAAGUUACUACAACCAACUAAAAGUUAUUAUAAGAACAAUUUAGUGAAUAAGUGAGAAUUUGAGCUGCAAUAAUGGCAUUAAAGUCCACAAAAAGCUUGAGAGCUGUUUCUGCAAUGUGACCAAUAUGAACUUCCAAGGUACGUAUCCAACUAGUCAGAAGAACUAUUUAUCUAGAAAGAAUAAACUCUGGUUAUUCUGACAGUUUCUGUAUUUUAAACACUUAGAGAGAAAUGAUUAUGACAGUUGUAGAGGAUUAUUGCAAAAAAUUACACGCAUUACCACAGACAUUUCUAAUCAACUUGAUACUUAACAUAAAUAGGGUUUCAGAUCCAGAUAGAGUCUUAUUCUAGGUUAAGAAGGAUUUGGAAAUGGAUGGCAGCCAAGCAAAUUGCUUUUCAGACCGAUGUCACGCUUAACCGAGGCUUCAAAACUGGCCAAAUAUGCCAUCAAUAACUACAGAAUAUGUGGUACAAAGAAACCCCGCAUUUCACCCCCCAUUAAGAUGCAUUUACCGUAGAACUCUAAUGAAUACGUUCCUUUGGUUUAUACACAGCACGAUGCGCUAAAUGUGUCUCUAGAGUGAAAUACAGAUUCCGAAAUUAUCACUAAAGCCUGACCCUUCGUGCACUUUCCGUAAGCCGUCCUCCGAACCACAACUGCUUUGGCACCGUUCCCCCGGACGAUACGGCAAAUCAAUCAGACUGAUAACGAGAGCAGGGUGUGUGAGCAGGACAAAUGCAGCAUCGUUUGGGGAACUCGACACCUUAUGAAACCACCAUUGCAGUCUCAUAAUGAUCUCAUGGAGGACAGUGUGAUGAGCCCACAGAGAGGUCGCCUGAGCACUGAGCCGUGCACGACAGAGAGAGAGAGGGGGAAAAGAAAGAAUAAAAGACGGUAGUUAAUGAGACAUGGGCUGAUGGCCUAUGCAGAAAUGUACAGAUAUAAGCACCCGGUUUCGCGUAACGAGCAAAAGGAAUGUGAAAAACAGAACCUAGAGAUAUUCAACAGUUCAAUACUGCUAUAUCGCCACAAAAGCCAAGACAGAUUCAAAUCCCAGAAGUGUUAAUCUCACCAACUACGGGACAGCCCCUUAGUUGGUGAGAUGGCAUUUGACAUGUUCAGACAAAUGUGUAAACGAGAAUCCUUCGGAUAAUGUUGUUGUGUAUACGUACAACUUUUUAUAAAUGCAAGGGAAAAACUUUUAUAUUUUUUGACUGCAUCGUUGCCUUGUAGCUUAAAUAGAUUAAUGGUAAUAUAUGAGGUGAGGAAAAAAACAUUGCUUGACAUUGAGAAUGCACCGACAAUGUUUCUUCAUAGAUAAAAAUGCAGAAAGGCUAACUGUUAAUAGUAUAUCAAAAACGGAGAACUGAAGCACUUUGUUAGAAAUGAAUCCAAACACACACAUAUCAAAUUAAUCGCAUACUUUACCCAAAAAUGAUGUCAAUGUCGGUGUUCUACAGCCUCGUAGGCAAGUGUGCCAACAUAUAGUGCUGUAGCACUUUAUUUGAGUUUUAAAUCCCAACAUUAGGAACUUUCCCGAUCCCUACAAAAGUAAGGUAUGUUUUGAAGCUGGGAUGCUGGUUUAAGCUGGUCCUUUGCUGGUUGGACUAGUUUUAAACCAGCUCAAUCCAGUAUGCCAGCUUCAAAUCAUACCUUUCCAGCAUAUGCCGGUUAUUUUUUCAAAAAGGUAACCCUCUCUCCCACUCCCUUUCUUAUUUUCAGUUUAAAAUUAGAUGGCAUUUUAGUCAAUCUUACUAAAAUUAACAUAUGAUGAAAAUGUUGAUAUUUACAAGAUAUUUUCAUCAAAGAGCAAAGACAAAUUAACACUGCCUCAGACCUCAGCAAUUCGUAAAAGUUUUUUUUUUUUUUUUUUUGAAAUUCGAUCACAUUAAGAGGACAUUUAUCCAGGUCUGGAAAUUUAGAAAUCUUUUUCAUGAAAUGGUACAGAUAAUACAAACAAAUAAUAAUUUACUAUAACUUGAACAGUAAGAAAUACAGCAUUAAAAGCUCAACACAGAAACCUAAGAAAGCAGAUUUAUAUCCUUAUCCUGAAAAGACCAGAAUGGCUGGUCACCCGCACAUGUUUAAGUUUGAACACUGAUCCUCAGCAUACUGGUCCAAACCAGGCUUUCAGCUACCCUAACCAGCAGCGUAAUUAGACAUCAGUAUUAUAUUAAGCAAUUAUAAUAUUGUGCCUGGAAUAUCCCUUCCUCGUCCAAGACAAAGGUGAAACUGGCAGGUGGGAGCAUUUAGAGAAGUCUUCAGGGGAAUAUAACGUACUGAAUUACAGAACUAGUAUGGACAGCCAGUCAUAUAAGAACAAUACAGUAUAGACACAGGCAAAGCGCCAAUGAUGUAUGAUCGACACAUACUUUCUUCAAAUCAUUUUGUACUUAAUCCAAGAAGAUCUCGGCCUGGGCCUUCAUUUGUCAACUUGGAAUUACGCACCUCCUAGUCAAACGGCUUUGAAGACAUCUAUCUACGCUGAAAAACCUGCAAUCACUAUGGUUACUUGACCUGCCUGUCUGCCCAAAUGCAAUGAUUUGGAUUCAUCCACAUAGAACGAGUGCGGAAACCAUAUGAAGAUGCCAUCUGAACACAUGAAUAAGCAAACACUUCAGUCACUACAGCAUUCGCGCAGAAAUGUAACGGGAAACGGUGAAAUCGCAGAGGCCUGGAGAUGCAUUCCUGUGGUGGGUCAUAUUUAACAAGAACUCACUGCUGGAAAAAGUAUGAGAGAAAGUGAAAGAGAGAGAGAAAAAGGUAUUCAAAGACAAAAUAUUGUCAUUUCAAGUGCUGCAUUAUAGUG